AAGCAGCUGCUUCAUCUUGAUGUUAUUCUUUAUCAAUAGCUACCACAACGAUUUUUCUUUUUCAAACACGCGCGCUCUCUUUCUCCCGGAUUCAUCGAUUUCCUGGAGCGUGACGUCCCGGCCAUCUAGAAUCACAACAACAAGCUGACUUCUGCCCCAUGGGAGCGUUUACAUCGUUAGUCGAUGCUUUACCGGACACAGACUAGCCUACAGACUAUACUUUAACACAAAGUUUGCUCAAAAUAAUAGCCUCUUACAUAGGCUUCAUUUUCUUUACUAGAUUUUGCGGGACGCGAUGGAAGAAGAGGCUCAUGGCAGGACAUCGGUGAAUAAAUACCAACCGACGGAGUUGAAAGUCAAAGAAGAGGACCAUGGCGAUUUCAGUUAUCAAAGGCCAGGAGGGAGCCCAAACUCACACUCCGACGGUGGGAAGACUUCCUCAGAGUCAGGGGAAUCAGACAGAAAGCUGCCCAAAUCAGACAGACCGCACAACUGCUCUCUGUGCGGAAAAGGAUUUUCCCAAUUGGGACAUCUGAAAUUACACAAUAAAACGCAUACAGGAGAGAAACGCUAUGGCUGUAUUCAAUGCGGGAAGAGUUUCGCAAGGUCAGACUAUUUAAAAAAACAUGCGAAAAUUCACAGUGUAGAGAAACCAUACAAAUGCUCUGUGUGCGGCAAGGUAUUUGCUAGGUCAGACAUCUUAACCAUACACAAGAGAGUUCACACUUCAGAGAGGGUGCAGCAUCCCACCAAAGAGAAACUCUAUCCCUGCUCUCAGUGCGGAAAGCGGUUCUCUCAAUUGGGAAACCUCAAAUCGCAUGAGAGCUCUGUGCAUGCAGGAAAGAAGCCUUUCAACUGUCCUGAAUGCGGAAAGGGGUUCUCGCAUUUUGGUAACAUGCAAAAACACCAGCGUGUGCACACUGGAGAGAAACCAUACAUGUGCCCUGAUUGUGGGACAGGUUUUUCCAGAUCACAUCACCUCAAAACACAUCAGCAAAUUCAUAAAGGGGAGAAGCCUCACUUAUGCACUGAAUGUGGGAAGGGUUUUGCUAGGGCAGACUCUUUAACGGCACAUCAGCGAGUGCACAGGCUAGACAACAAGCCGUACGGCUGUUCUGACUGUGGCAAAGCCUUCUCUUCAUUUGGAAACUUAACGCAGCAUCAGAGAAUUCACACCGGAGAGAAACCAUAUCAGUGCUCUCAGUGUGAGAGAAGCUUUGCUUUUUCAACAGAUUUGAAAAAUCAUCAGAGGAGACACACUGGAAUGAAACCAUACUAUUGCUCGGACUGUGGGAGAAGUUUCACAACGGCAUCUUCCCUAAAAUCACACCAGAAAAUUCACAAAUUAUAAAAGUCAUGGUCUCUGUGUGGUAGUAAUGUCUCUCUACAAUGUCAAACAUUAGCGAAAUACUCAGCUGUCAAAAUGCUGCCGAUGGGGAAACCUUGAGGCUCACAUUUUUCUUAGGAAUACUAGAGGCACAAUAUUCUCAUGGUUUAAUCCUUGAUUUAAAAACAGCAUAGGAAUUCAAUGUUUUGUUUUUAAUAGAGUGAUUUUGGAUGGUUAUUGGAUGGUUAUUUUUACACUGAAACUACCUGAUUUUUUUUUUUUACCCAGAAAUCUCUUUAAUGUUUGAAUGUGUUUACUACAUAGCUCCAGUUGUGUGAAUUUUAUUCUAUAUAUGUUGAUAAUGACAAGCAAAAAACAUGACUAUAGGGAACCAGAAUCUCCUGCAAAUUAUGUUAACUUUUGUUGUAUAACCUGCAUUUGUCAUAAGAGGGUCAGGACACAUUACAUUGCAAUCACAAAACAUAUGCAAUGUCAUAAGUUAUAUUGACAAACUUUAGUUGCAAACUCAUUUGAAGCAUUUAUGCUUUAAUUUAGUCCUCUGACACUAGUUCAGUUGGUAGAGAUAAGAGAGUCUGCUAAAUGGCAUACUGACUGGCUGCAUCACUGCUUGGUCUGGCAAUAGCACCCCCCUCGAUCGCCUGGCGCUACAAAGGGUUGUGCCGACAGCUAAGUACAUCACUGGGGCUGAGCUCCCUGCCAUCUAGGACCUCUAUCAGGUGGUUGACUUGACAGCUCAUGCAGUUUUAGUGUUCUGAUUACAGAGUUCUGAUCAUGGAACACCAUGUGUCUACACCUACACAGUUGCCACAUAAAAAUAAAAAAAUGAUAGAGAUGGAAUUCCCGGCACAAAUAUUUUACAAAAUGUUUAGAUUUAGGCUAUAAAAAUGGAUUUUAUCAAAGAAAACGGCACUUCAUUUGAUCAAUGGCAUACUCAGGAAGAGAAAUAAGAGCAAGAUAUCAGAAUGUAAGUCAAUUUUACCUUCAGAUGUGAAAGUCUAAAAACUGUCAUGGCGGAAAAUGUUUCUGUUCUUGAUUGCUCUUCUCAAACAAAAGCAUGGGAUUUGUUCUCUGUAAUAGCUAUUUUAAAUUGGAAAACGUCGUUUGAUUACCAAGAUUCUAAUCUUUUGAAGGGUAUAAGACACUUGCAUUUCAAGAAUGUUUAAUGUUACGAAAUUGUAUUUUUAGUUGUCACUCUGAAAUUUCCCCUGAUGUUGGUCCCUGUACGGGGACAACAGCCAUAAUUAACCUGGGAAGGAAAGAAAUUUCACAAAUUAACUUCUAACAAGGCAUACCUGUUAAUUGAAAUGCAUUCCAGAUGAGUACCUCAUGAAGCUGGUUGAGAGAAUGCCAAGAGUGUGCAAAGCUGUCAAAGC